AUGGAUGCCAUUCUCGUUAUACCAAAUGCCUCGUCAACCAUGGUGAUUGAUGCCGAGGCUGCAGCCGUGGUAGAACUUAACACAUUGCUUUCUCGAUCAGGACUUCAUUUUUCUACGGCGUCCACCCAGCUACACAUUAUGCCGGAGACGGUGUAUUUUCUUUCACGCGAAGACGUGGCGGUUCUGUCUCGUUUUGCUCGUGUGCUGGUGAAAAAUGCAUCCGUGCAGUGUGACUUCAGCGCUCUCUGGGGCGUUCUGUGGGGUCAUGCAAAGGAGGUGGAGAAUGUUCUUAACCAACAUGCGCAGCAGCCCUUGGAUAAGGAGGGUCGCCCGCAAGAGACGGCAUUGCGACAACUCGUGCCGCAUUUAAUGCUCUUGGCACACGUAUUUCACACAUUACGGCAUAUUGAAGAGCCGUUUGCACGACAGGAGGUGAAGGAUGCCGUGAACAUUGUGCAGAAGGAGGUGGAGAUGGUAGUGAGACUUGCACUAAAAGUGACGCGGGUGUUUGACAGUGCCCUAAGGAACCCACAGCGCACCAAUGAGAACUCUUUGCGUGCUGUAGAAUUGUGUCUCGCCGCACUUGAGAUGUUCAUUGCUUCCAUCGCUUCUCGGAAAACGAUAGAUGUGAGCCCCGUGCUUGCUUUCUUUAACUCCGAUCUGGUUUGGCGUUUCAGUGGGGUUGGUGUGAUCGCAACGGAGAGUUACUGUGAAGCCAUUCGUCGACUUAUAGUUGCCAUAUUCUUGCGUCAGGAUGAUUUUGUUGGAGUUGAGGAGGUAGCUGUGCGGCUUUUGCGCCAUCGUUUGACCAACAGGCCACCUUUUGACUGGGAGAUCUUUCGUCGCUUGUACGUCUUGCGGGACGCUGAGCUCUCCUCUGUGGCCUCGCUCACACCACAGUACGGUAUCCUUCGUUACAUGAGCAUCGUGCAGCUUUGUGUCGAGUCUUUACUUCUCUCAGAUGAGUCCUGGACAAAGUCGUUAAGACGACAAACGGUGAAGUCCCUGCAUCAAAUGAAUAAGAAAGAGAUGCUGUCCUUUUUUCAGGUUUCUCUUCUGGGUGCCGUGGAGGGAAUGCCCGAAAUGAAUUUCUCGGACGAUGCGGAAUUGCAACGCCGCUCCGUGGUGACUCAUCUAACUGUCCAGAAUACUAGUAAGGAUUGCAUUCUUCAGCCAAGCUUUCUCCGAAUUCUUUUGGCACACGGCUACAUCGUUCCUCAGAUAAAUCACGGUGUGCUGAAGCGAACUUCUAUCAUUUCGCUGCUGCGUGCUAUUGCCGAACAGCUUUUUCAGUUGCCGCUUAUUCAGUCAGGAGAAAAAAACUCGUUGACGGAUUUAACAUUGAUUCCACCUGUUUUGACCAAACGAGUUUUACGGCUUAUUGUUGAUGCCGCCGCUUCGGACGUCGAGAUGGCUUGUGAUGUGAUGUUGGAGGUGCAUCAGAUUACGUGGGUUAUUUAUGAGGCCAACAUCUCGCAAUGUGCCUCUCUUUUGUCCGCGCAGAGGAUGCCUGUACCACUUCGACGACUUUCCGUUUCAGCGAUGGAGUUACUUGCCAUUUUUUUUGAGCCUAACGCGAUUCUUUGCAGUGCUGGUCAUUCCAUGACUCUGGAGUCUCUUGCACGGGUGUUUGCGGUUUUAGCGUUCUACAGUUCUGCCAAGAAGGACGCCGGGAAUAUGGAAAAAAAAGCAACAUUGCGACUCAUUAACAAUCUGGGCAUGAAGUUGUCAUCUCUCGCACGGAUGAUGACGGCUGAAGAGAUUAAGUCUUUCUUCCAUACUGUGAUUCUUCCCUGUACCUCGAAGGAGAAGUUAAUACAGAAGAAUCGUCAGCAAUACGCAUUGCAGGAGGCGUAUUUACGUGCCUUUUCUUCCUCUGCUGUCGCUCUUGCAAUGGAUGAGGCCACUAUAUUGAGACACUGGGUGGAUACUGCUCUUCGCUGCAUCCGAAACACACUUAGUGGGGCUCUCUCCCUUGCAGGGCUUGACUUUUUUACCGCUAUAUUUCUUUCAAGGCGAGCUAUUGCGCCUCUUUUUGUUCCAACGUACGUGGCAUUGAUGAUCCCAAUCAAAAACAAAACACGUUAUGGCGAGCCAUCAUUGUUUCUGGUGCGUCAUUUUGCAAAGGGUGUGCGGGCAACAUGUCAGGCACUUGAAGACUGUGAUGAGCAGAUACUGGCAGGGAUGAUGCAAAACCCAAACUCAUCUUUAAAAAAAUUUCUUUUGGAAAUUUAUGGGGAGGGAGACGCCGCACCAUCUCUGGAUAAUGUGCGACCUAUCAGUUGUGUUCUUCUUAUUGUAUCAGCGCUCUUUGACAAGGUUUGUCUUAUUCUUGGCCACACUGCGAAGGCACAAACCACCAUCGCCACUGCCUCCAGGCAAGAACGGAUUGCACGUUUCCAGGCGUAUUUUUCCGCACUUAUUAAUUUGCUGCGGUGUCGCUCGCGCCCUGUGCUUCAUCGUGUGUGCGCCUCAGUAGAAGCAGUCAUACUGGAGCACCUGCACGGUGUUCCGAGGGCUCAGUUGCAGUGGAUGAAGUACACCACAGCUACGGUGGACUUAAUUGAGGGAACGGGUAAAAAAGAGUUGGUGGAAUGGCUUCUGAUGUUGGAGGAAAAGGCAAGAGGUUCCAUUCCCCAUUCUCCACUCUAG